AUGAAAGAAAAGAGGUUGGUUCUCGGUCAGUGUCAUAAUGGCGACUUGAGAGCAUCGCCUGAACUCAACAGAGAACAUGAGUCUUCUUCACAGCAGAACCCAUCUCUUCAAAGUAGGAAUCACAAGCAAAACGCCAAACUCCCCAUUAGUUCCUUCAUCCCUUUUCCGAAGCAGGGAUUUUGGGAAAUACUAGCUGGACACUCCCAGUCACACUCCAACUCUUCCUUGAAGCUCAAGCUUCGGCCCAUCAUGAAAGUUCAUGGUACAUCCAAAUUCUCCCGGAAGUUCAGUUGGGGAGAUUUUUACUCCAACAUCAAGACGGUCAAACUGAACUUGCUGAUAAUGGGUAAGAUCGUGGAUCAUGACAAUGGCUCCCUUGGAGUGUACUUCCGCCACAACUCCACCGGUGUGGGCAACAUCUCCAUCAGCCUUGUCCCACUGACGAAAGAAGUGGAGUUUGACCUACAGCGCCAAAGUGUGGUCAACCCAAAAGACUCCAAGGCGUUCAGCUGCUGGGUGGACUACGAGAAAACCGAGCGCAACAAGAAGGUGAUGCUGUGCAACUACGACCCAUCAAAGACGUGUGAUCAGGAGCAGACUCAGAGCUAUGUCACCUGGAUGUGCUCCAAACCUUUCCAGGUCAUCUGCAUCUAUGUGUCUUUCUACAGCACAGACUACAGACUGGUGCAGAAAGUGUGUCCGGACUCCAGUGACCAGAAUCCAGGGGCCUACCUGCCCUCUGGAUAAAACCAGGCAAAGACAACUGGACAUCCAAGUUUCAAUACUCGCGCACGCAAAGAGGAGUUCAGUUAAAGCGUAACUUUGUAAGUCUGGUCGCU